AUGUUGGAUAACGAAGCCAUCUAUGAUAUUUGCAGAAGAAAUUUGGAUAUUGAAAGACCAACAUACACCAACUUGAACAGAUUGAUUGCUUAAGUCAUCUCUUCAUUGACAGCUUCAUUGAGAUUCGAUGGUGCCUUGAAUGUCGAUAUCACUGAGUUCUAAACCAACUUGGUCCCAUAUCCAAGAAUCCACUUUAUGCUUUGCUCAUAUGCCCCAAUCAUCUCAGCUGAAAAGGCUUAUCACGAAUAAUUGUCAGUUGCUGAAAUCACAAACUCAGCCUUCGAACCAGCAAACAUGAUGGCUAAGUGUGACCCAAGACAUGGUAAAUACAUGGCUUGCUCCAUGCUUUACAGAGGUGAUGUCGUCCCCAAGGAUGUCAACGCUGCCAUUGCCACCAUCAAGACAAAGAGAACCAUCUAAUUCGUCGACUGGUGCCCAACAGGAUUCAAGGUCGGAAUCAACUAUCAACCACCAACAGUCGUCCCAGGAGGUGAUUUGGCCAAGGUCAUGAGAGCUGUUUGUAUGAUCUCCAACUCAACUGCCAUUGCUGAAGUCUUCUCCAGACUUGAUCAUAAAUUCGAUCUUAUGUAUGCCAAGAGAGCCUUCGUCCACUGGUACGUCGGUGAAGGUAUGGAAGAAGGAGAAUUCUCUGAAGCCAGAGAAGAUCUUGCUGCCUUAGAAAAGGAUUAUGAAGAAGUUGGUAUUGAAACCGCUGAAGGAGAAGGUGAAGAAGGAGAAGGUUGAUAAAUCAAUAUAUAUACAAAUCAAAUAUUAAAACAUUUCACAAUAUUAUUUA